GCCAGUAAGGGUGUACGCGUCCAAUAAACAGGACCGUUUUCCGGUGUGUUCUCUCGCAAACAAACGUGCAUCUGUAGGGGAUGGCUUCCAUACUUGCCAUCCUGGUGGGGUGGUUCUCGAUCGUCGUCCUGCUCGGUGGUGACAAUCAACCGAACUAUCGGGCCGGAGUGGACGCUAGCAUGAUCUACACCGGCAUAAAGCUACCAUUCCCGCGGCAUCGCACGUUCUACAAAUCGGUCGGCGAGCACAAGAUCGGCCCGAACCUGUACGAGGUCAGCACGAUCAUCCAGGAGGACAUACUGUUGCGCAAACGGUGCGAAUGCAUGCCGCGCUACCGGUGUCGCGUACCGCGCAACAUCUUCUACCUAUCGAACCGCGAUUGCCAUCAUCGGGAAAAAGUGUGCUGCGAACUGCUGGAGAAUGCGUUCGAGUCGAGCAACGAUACUGCGUUCGAGCAGUUGGGUUUCGCGAACGAUAAUGAGAUCUAAGCCGUGCGCGUGCGGUGGAUGGAUUACUGAGCCUGAUGCUGUCGAUCGAUCAACUAACCCGAAUG